AUGGAUGGAAGCUCGACAAAACAGAUGUUUGCGACGGGGAAGAAAACUACUACCCAGGACGUGAUCGAUAGGAUGGCAAGUGCUUGCGGGCUCUCUGCCAAAGCAACAUCGGCAUGUGCGCUAUGGAUUCACGAGCAAGCUUUAGAGCUCCUUCUGAAGCCUCACUAUGAGCCGUACAGAGUACGCAAGCAAUGGCAAGAGAUCAUGUACACCUUCACGCGAAGACCCAAGGACGUGCCGUGCGCACCCAGAUUCGAGUUCAGGAAAAACUGCUUUCUGACCAAGGAAGCUGAAAUGGCCAUGGAAGACCCAGCGUUCAACAUAUUGCUGUAUACAGAGGCACGAUACAAUGUGAUCUCGUGUCUGUACCCUUGUACCGAGACAGACGCCGUGCAACUGGCUGGGAUCGAUGCACAGCUCGCCUUUGGAGACUGUGAUACCUCGAUAGCCCCGGAGGACAUGUUUCACAACGGACUGAUCAAGCAGAUCAUCCCACGUUUUCUGAUUGCCCGUAAAAGUACGGAAGAAUGGGCCAAGCUACUACGAAAAACACACGCCCAUCAUGCAGGCCGAAGAUCGGAGGAGUUACAAGCUCUGUACAUUAAUUACUGUCGCCAGUGGGGCCACUACGGCAGCACGUGGUUCUACGGUCGCGCGUGCAAUGAAGCUAAAGAAGUUAUUGAGCAGGAUGCUCCAACGGAACUCAUCCGCAUUGGCGUCAAUUACGAAGGCAUUCAUCUCAUCAAUCAUGUCACCAACUCAGUGAUGAUCACAAGUCACCUGGACCAAAUAGCCUGGUACGCUUCGGAGCUCGAUAAGCUGCUGUACAUCGAACACGGCAACCCAGACAAACCCAGGAAAAUAUCUAUCAUCACUCCACAAGCCAGGAUUAUCGAGACUAUGAUCCUCAGAUUUCUGGCACUAGCCAGGCCGGGUGAUACCAGGCCCAAUUCACCGGUGCAG